AUGAUUCAAAAGGAAUCCCUUGAUUUGGAACAUGAUAGACUCAAAACACUUCAGGUAUUUAAAGAUGAUCGUGGCAUUUAUCGUGUAAAAACUAAGAUUAUUUACAGGAAGGAUAGUGAAGAUUUCCUGAAACCGGUCGUCCUUUCUUCAAAACACAAAGUUGUGAAACGACUUAUUUUUUCUGUUCAUGUGAAGAAUUGUCACGCAGGUAGUCAGAUACUUUUGAAUCUGCUUAGAGAAAAAUAUUGGAUUCUUAACGGAAGAAAGACUGUGAAAAACAUUGUGGCUAAUUGCACAAUCUGUAAAAGAUAUAGUUCAAGGAACAUGGAAACGAUAUGUGCACCCCUUCCUGAAAAUCGUGUUAAAGAUGCUACGGUAUUUCAAAUUACAGGGGUUGACAUGGCUGGCCCUCUGUUUCUAAAAGAAAGUAGAAAGAGUUGGGUGUUAAUAUUCACUUGUGCAGUGUACAGAGCAGUACAUUUUGAGUUAAUUACUGCAGCUUCUACAGACACCUUUUUAAUGGCAUUUAGAAGAUUUAUAGCUUGCAGAGGAAGAUGUACUGUUGUAUAUUGUGACAAUGGAUCUAAUUUUGUUGGAGCAGCCAAUUCAUUAAAAGAUUGGAACCGUAUACAGAAACAUGGAGUCGUCAAUUUGAUUAAUUGGAAGUUUAAUCCACCGACUGCCGCAUGGUGGGGCGGUUGGUGGGAGCGACUAAUAAGGAUAUUGAAAGAUCUCUUAAAAAGAGUGUUAGGUAAGGCACAUCUCAAUUAUGAAGAAAUGGCAACUGCUCUAGCAGACUGUGAGAGUGUAAUCAACUUAAGACCUCUGACUCAUCUCUGA